GUUUUCUCUUCCUCCCCCCCGUCUCUCCCCUGUCCGGCUGACCCCUGUCCCCUCCUCCGCCGCUCCCACUCCGCUCCCCUCCCCUCCGCUCCGGUGAGAGGCGAAUCGAAUCCAUGGGGAGCUCCUCCAACACCAACGCGAGCGGCGGGGGCAGCGAUAAGGAGGAGAAGAAGGAGGACAAGGGCAAAGGCAAGGACUCGUCGGAGCCGUCCUUCAAGGAGGGCGACAGGGUCCUCGCCUACCACGGCCCCCUCCUCUACGAGGCCAAGGUUCAAAGAAUCGAAAAUCUGGAAGAUGAAUGGCGCUACUUCGUCCAUUAUCUGGGAUGGAAUAAGAACUGGGAUGAAUGGGUUGCAAAUGACCGCUUAUUGAAAUUGACGGAGGAAAAUGUCCGCAAACAACAAGAGCUUGAAAAGAACCAGGUUGUUGACAAAUCCAUGAAGUCUGGACGGUCGACACAGCAUAAACUGAAAGGCGCCAAUGCAGAUGCAAAAGCUGAUAAAGACGACACUAAGAGUCUCGUAAAGGGGAAGAAACGCAAGAGUCAGCCUGGGACUGAGGAAAAGGAAAGAAGAUCAUCAGAGAGUCUCCUAGUGUCACAGUUUCCUUUGACACUGAAGAAGCAACUUGUGGAUGAUUGGGAGAAUGUCACCCAGUUGGGUAAGCUUGUAAAACUACCACGGUCACCUACUGUUGAUGAUAUUCUAAAGAGAUAUUUGGAGCACCGGGCAAAGAAGGAUAACAAGAUAAAUGACUCCUAUGCUGAGGUUUUGAAAGGAUUACGCUGCUACUUUGAUAAAGCAUUGCCCGCAAUGCUUUUGUAUAAGAAAGAGCGAGAUCAGUAUACUGAAGAAGUUAAAGGUGACGUCUCACCCUCAACUGUAUAUGGAGCUGAGCAUCUAUUGCGUCUUUUUGUGAAAUUGCCGGAGUUGCUUGCUUUUGUCAAUAUGGAAGAAGAUGCGCUGAACAAGCUACAGCAGAAAUUGCUGGACAUUCUCAAGUUUCUUCAGAAGAAUCAGAGCACCUUCUUUGCCUCUGUGUAUGAUGAUCGUAAAAGUGCUGAUGGAUCAAAAUCCAAAUGAUGGAUCUGAAUGUUUUAUUAUGUAACAUCUUGUGCUGGACUUGUUGCGUAGGUUUUAGUCUGCCAUUGUUGUUUGUUAUGGGCAUCAUUUAGGACUCUGCCAUAUGAACAUCGUCAACUAGUGUGCAUUCAAAGUUGUAGGAUAGCUUCUGUAGAUGUGUGGAAUCUGGUACUUGAACUGCCAUAUGCAUGUUGUAAUUUCUUGAAAUGUUGUUUGAGCUAAGAUGGCUGAGUUGUAUUGUCAUUUUGAAGGUGGCCAAUGGAGACUGACGGAAAUCCUCCCUCCCUACAAUGUUAUACAGAGAUAGGGUUGUAUUAUUAUGGUCAUUUGCCACCCUAAACGUGUUUGCGAUGGGGGAAUUUUUUUUAACAUUGAUGCAUCCUGUUCUUAAGUGAAGUAGUUGUAAUUUAGUAGUGAUUUUUGGCAUUCUUCAACUUUA